CAAUUGGAGCCGCGUACUUUGCUACGCAGUUUGCUAUUCUUCGCGCAGAGUGCCCAGUUGCCCACUGACGGCCGCACCCGUGCUUUUUAUUCCAGGAGUCCACCCUCGUACGUACUGAGCGUUGUGCCUGAUUUUGCCAGUAGCAGCCCAAGUGCCCCGCCUUCCCCUAAAGUUCGUCAUACGCACGCAGCUACGCAAUUGGUGCUGGGAGAGGCGCGGCAGCCAGCAGGACGCGAAGAACCAUGUCUGGAGAUGAUGACUUUUCGUUGGCAGAUGCUUUAGGGGACACUAAACCUGCCAAGAAACCAGAUGUAAGCAACCCAAAAGUUGCCCAGCAGCAAAGCAAUUGGCCAGAGUCUAAUACCUGGGGUUCAACCCCCAGUUCUGUUCCGGGUUCAGGACCUGCACCUUCUGCUCCUGGUGCUGCUCCAUCUCAUGCACCAUAUGGACAAGCUCCAGGAGGAAUAUACCCAGGUUUCCCUACAGGGCCCCAGCCUGCCACACCAAAUGCCCCAUCAGGCCCUACUGCACCCUAUCCAGGGACUCCUGCUGGAAAUUACCCAGGAGCACCAAAUGCCCCAUCUGGUCCCACUGGGCCUUUUCCAGGAGCACCUGCUGGGCAUUAUCCCACAGCGCCAAAUGCCUCAAUUGGACCAGCUGCUCCCUAUCCAGGAGCACCCGCGGGUCAGUACCCAGCAGCACCGAAUGCCCCAUCUGGACCUGCAGGACCUUACCCAGGAGCUCCAGGAGGUCAGCACCCUUCAGCACCUAAUGCUCCUUGUGGGCCUUAUCCAGGAGCUCCUCCUGGACAGCACCCAGGAGCACCUACAGGACCAUACCCAACAGCACCUUCUGGGCAGUAUCCAGCUGCAUCCUAUCCUUCAGCACCAUCUGGAACGCCAUCACAAUAUCCAAGCCCUGCUGGUGCCUCUGGCCCUACUCCUGCUCCUGGUGGUCCAUACCCUGCACCCAGUAUGCCCUAUCCUGGACCUUCUGCUCCAUAUAGCCAAUCAGGUCCAUCACCUGUUGGUCCUUGGGCGUCUGGCUCAUGGGGUUCACAAGGUGGGCAGUACCCAGCACCACCAAAUUUGCCAUAUCCAGCAAGUGCGCCAUAUGCAUCUCCUGGUCAAGGUGCUGGUGCCCUACCAUCAGUGCCAUGGGGAACUGUGCCUCCAGGUCAGUGGGGACCAGGCCCCUCUGUUCCAUUCUCUGGAGGUCCUGGAUCAUACCCAGCUCCUGGCUCUUAUCCCUAAAGAUACACAUGCCCCAGUGUCUGUUAUGGACCUCUGGGACCAGGAUGUUAUUGUGUCAUCUUUAUUUAAUCAAGAAAUGCUGGAAGAAGAGAGUGCCUAAUCGAGGAUUCAAGUUUUCUUUAGAAACAUAUACAAGUUUCUUUAUUCUUAUACCGCUGUGGGAUUGAAAAUCUUCAUAUUUGUUAUUUUAAAGAGUGUUUGGCUUUAAAGAUUUAGGAUAAAUAGUCAACAAAUUGGCCUGAAUUAUUCUUGUAGCCUUUUUUUGUGUAAAGAACCAUAUUCUGAGAUUUGUAUUUUAGGCAAGAUGCUGUAUACAUGCACAGUUCUUGGCUAUGUAAGGCUUUGUUUAUUUUGAUUUAUAUUUGUGUAUCUGCUUUCUGGACAUUUUGCUUCUGCUGCACUCUUCACAUAAGAUGGGAAAUAAAUAUACAUAAUCGCAUACUAAAAUAAUUUUAACAAUGUGCCCUUUAAUAUUGAAUAAUUGCUGGCAUUAAGUGUAUGCUUUUCUUAUUUUCUGCCAAAAACUUUCCAAUAGAAUUCUCAGAAAGAAAAUUCCACAGCUCCUUCAUGUAUAGGAUUUUGCAGUUCUCUUCAGAGAAUUUUGUGGUAAAUAUUCUAUUGGACCUUUAAUAAGGUGCUAAGCACUUUCUUCCAAAAUGCCUCUGACCUUAUGCCAAAUACCUAGUUUUUAAACCUGUCAAGGCCUGCCCCUUGUGAAUGCUUUUUGUAGUUCUUUAAAAACACAGACGUAUCAUGCAGUCUGAACCUUUAUUUGGAAUUUUUCUAAUGGAAAUAAUAGAAAUACUAUUAAUAAUUUAUAGUGAUAUUUGCAAUAAAUGCAGUUGUUUGCUUGCAUUCUCUUAAUCAUGCUUACAUCUUUGAAAAAAACCCAACUGUCAGCGUAAAAAUCUUUUUACAAGUUAAAAAAAAAAAAAAAGCAUGUCAUUGUAUACUAAUUGGGGUGUGGUCAGAUAAAAGCAAUGAGGAACAACCCCUUUAAUUUGGUAAUAGCCUAGAAAGAAAGAAAAAGAAACAGUGCUUCUCUUACCAUUAAAUGCCUGAAAAAAAACGUUCAGAAGAUAGCUUGGAUGCACUAUCAUGAGUUUUAUGCCUGUGGUACACACAGUGCUCUCAGGGAGCAUAAUGGUGGGCAAAACUACUUUUCCUGCCUAACAGUUUCCCAUACUCUUAAAUUGUAAAAGCUCUGUCUGUAGCAAGAUUCUUGUGAUGUAAGGAGGGGACUGCAUGGAAACAUUCACAAUUGCAUUACUGUCCGGUCCCCUCAUGACAUCACCUGUGUCUGCCAUAGCUAGGCAAAGCAUUUACAAUUCAUUUUCUGUUUCUAUAAAUCAGUGGUUCUCAACCUUCCUAAUGCUGCACAACCCUUUAAUAUAGUUCCUCAUGUUGUGGUGACCCCCAACCAUAAAAUUAUUCCUAAGACCAUCGGAAAUAUGAGUUUUCCGAUGGUCUUAGGCGACCCCUGUGAAAGGGUCGUGCGACCCACAGGUUGAGAACCACUGCUAUAAACCAUAAGCACAUUAAGGAUCCUUUUUAACCUUUUUCAUGCCAGACAGAGCAUGGCACUGAAAAGGGUUUAUAAAGUACCAUGACUCAAAACCUAAUAGCAAUAUGCCAAGGUUCUUGGCAAACCAAACUAGCUGUAAUUAUUAAUUAGCUAUAAAUCAGAUUAAUUUGAAAAAAAUAUAUAUAUAAUACAAACAAUUAGCAAAUGAUAGAAUUCCAUAGUCAUUCAAGGACCAGCAAAUAUAGUAUAAUAUUUCCAUUACUGUUGAUUUAACAGUGCUGGAUUCCACUUUGACCCAGAUGAAAAAAGAGUAGAACACUCUGCAAAGGUAACUUAACCUAAAGCAUAACUGCAUGACUAAAUUAAGAAUUAUAGGACUGUGCCAAACCAAAGAAAUACUAAGUGUAAAUGAAUGAUAACAUUGUGUUUCUCUUGCAUACUGCUUUCUAGCAAUAAUGAAUUCCUGUGGGAAAUCUAUGUUGUCAACCCCUGUUGUCAGUCUCAGUCUUAGCACCUGCUAAACAAGUAAGUUACUGUAGCCCACUAUAAACUGUUUGGCAAGUAUUGAGUAACCACCAACUAAAACAUCCUGCCUCAACCUCAUGAAAACCAGGACCAGCAAAAUCUUGUUUAGCCUAAUAGCUGAUGCAGGGUUUCUAACUCUAUUUUCUUCCAUGGUUAAAAAAACAAAAAAAAAAACAGGCAACAAAUCUCUAGAACUGUUUCAAAUAUCUUCUUAUUAAAUGUUAUUUAUGUGCCAUGUCUGAGCACUGGGAAACUGCCCUGCUUGAUUUUGGGUGCUAGUUGCUUAUGGUACAAUAUUGGCCCAUAAAGCAAUUUGAGAGAGUUUAUCGUGCUCUGUCCCUGGAAUUUGCACCAUUGCCCUUGUAGUAAACCAAACAUGUUCCUCUUUUGUUGAGCAGCAGCAUGUUUCUUAUCACUAUUUUGAUGCAGUAGUAGUGUGUAGCGCCACCUAGUGAUCAAAAAUAAAUUUAAAACUUUGAUGUCUAUGCAUAAACACAUGUACACUUUGGGUACUGAACCUCUUCCCUUAGGAAAGAGAUUAUUGUUAUGCUCCCUGCACUAUAUACAGUGAAACCUCAAUUUUACAUUCACCGAUUUUGUUUUCCCUCCACACCAAUUUUACAUACAGGCUGCAGGUUUCUCCAAAUAAAUGUUUUUGUAUAAUUAAAAAAAAUGUACCUAUACAAUCAUUUUAAGCAACUUUCCUAUGUAUUGAAAAUGUUAAAACUUUUUAAUGUUAUUUGUGCAUGUUAUUGCUUUUAAAAGGAGUAUCUGUCUGUCUAAUUGUAUUCUUUAGGCUAAUGUCAGACCAGGCGUAUGGCGUGCAAGAGAAUGCAAAGUCUCGCGUUUUUAUGCGGAUUUGGUUACAUGUGCCUGCACCCGAGCGUAUUCCAUUCAUUCGGGUGCAGGCACAGGUAGGAGGCGUAUGGCGGUAUUUUCGGCAAGCGUUUUUCAGCUUGCCGAAAAUAUAUGCCAUACGCCUGGUCUGACAUUAACCUUACACCACUGGUUCUUACUCUUAAAACGAUGUAGCAGAAACCAGCUGAUUAACAGAUCUUAAAAAGAACAGAAAUCUUCUACAUUGUUCUAAGGGUCAGAACUAGCAGUGGGUGGAAUAAAUACUGCUUUCAGUUGCAAUUAUGUAAAAAUAACUUUAAAACCAUUGAGAGUUUUACUUAAUGAAUAUUGGAAAGGCAAAAACUGAUUUUGAGUGGAGGACCCCAGUUGAUAUUUUUCAUCUAGUAUGGUAUGACCUGAAGACUGUAUUAAAUGUGUGCCAAGACUGCAAGAUUGUUUUUUCCAUUUCUUUUUUAAAUUUUAUCAAUAAAAGUUUUUUUUGGGUUUUGUUUUAA